AUGUUGAGAAGUGAGAUUCUUGUUCUGGUCUUGGCCUGGCUUGGUCUUGUGGCGGGAGAAAUGCCGACGCAUAAGUUUUCCAACUGGGAUAACAUGCCACUACUCGGGCUUGGAACCUGGAAAUCCGAGCCCAGCGAAGUCAAGACAGCCGUCAAGGAAGCCAUCAAGCUGGGUUACAGGCACAUUGACUGUGCUGCCAUUUACGGCAAUGAAAAGGGGGUAGGUGAAGCCCUUGUGGAAAGUUUCAGUGAGGGAAUUGUCAAACGAGAGGACAUGUGGAUCACGUCCAAGGUGUGGAAUGACAGCCAUGAACAAGUGUCCACAGCCCUGAAAAAAAAACUCUGGCUGAUUUGCAACUCGAUUAUAAUUCUCGCAAAUCACCGCAUCAAACCGGAAGUCAAUCAGGUGGAACGACACCCCUAUCUGCAACAAAAACACUUGGUGCAGUUCUGCAGAAUGAAUGGAAUUCUUGUUACCAACUAUUCCAGUAUGGGAUCGGGUGAUCGCCCCGCAGCAUUCAAACCCAAAGGAGAACCCGUCUUGUUGGAAGAUGCCACGGUAAAGGAAGUGGCAGCUGCCGUGGGUGCUACUCCUGCCGGUGUCUUGUUGAAAUGGGGUAUCCAACAGGGUUCUGCGGUCAUCCCAAAGUCGGCCAAUCCUGAUCGUCUAAAGCAAAACUUGGAGGUUCCAGAAACUGUCCAAUUGGACGAUGCCGCCAUGGAGAAACUGAACGCCAUGGAUAUACAUCGUCGUUAUGUAGAUGGCGCUUUUUGGGCACUAUCAGGAAGCGCGUACACGGUCGAGACCUUGUGGGACGAAGUAGGAGAUCCAUUUCAAGAGGAACUCUAG